AAAGAGGUGUCACAGAGCGCUGUAUAGUUUCCUUUCCCUGUAUACUUCCUGUGUUGUCGGUGACGUACUUCCGGUACACACAGCAAUGGCGUUGGAAACCGUGCCGAAAGAUCUGAGGCACCUGAGAGCAUGCCUGCUGUGUUCUGUGGUGAAGACAAUCGACCAGUUUGAAUAUGAUGGCUGUGAUAACUGUGACGCAUACUUACAGAUGAAGGGGAACAGGGAGAUGGUGUAUGAUUGUACAAGCUCCUCAUUUGAUGGGAUUGUGGCUAUGAUGAGCCCUGACGACAGCUGGGUAUCCAAGUGGCAGCGAAUCACUAACUUCAAGCCAGGAGUGUAUGCAGUAUCUGUCACAGGCCGUCUGCCACAAGGUAUUGUACGUGAGCUAAAGAGCCGUGGUGUGGUUUACAAAUCCAGAGACACUGCCAUCAAGACAUGACUGCAAGAGAAGGGCUGGAGCAGAGAUUGGGCUGGUGUCUGUCUUCUCUUCCGCUGGUUUUAUUUUCCUGUUAUGUUGUUGAAACUGUGGUUUCCCUGCCGUGGGGGAAGGGUGGUGCCACUUCACGCGCCACAUAUACAGAUGUUCAGACAAAGAGAAACCAGGGGCGAGUGAUCAAGUGCGUUAUGAAUCCUUGUUUGGGGGGGGAGGGGAGGGGAG